CCAGGGAGGCCUGUAGAAACAGUACCAUCACCAUUAAACUAAUGCUAAGUAUUUAUCUCUCCACAUAUAUGGCUAAAAGGAUGAGCAUUGUGUAGCAGCUAAUGCCCAUCACGAGACUGACAGGAGACUUACUGUUAUCUCCUGUCUACAUUCACUGAGGUUUCCUGGAGUGUGGAUCUGAUUCCCUUGUGUGAAUUGUCAAGGAGGAAAGCCAAAGCCCUGGACCUUACUUACACUUGAGAAAAACCUUGGACUUUACUAAAAACUGUGGACCAUUCCAAGACAAAAACAUUGGACCUACUAAGACAAGAGCCUUGGACUUUACCAACAGAAGAGCCUUGGGUCUAGAAGAAGAGCCUUGGAUCUAGAAGAAGAGCCCUGGAUCUAGAAGAAUAUCCUUGGAUCUAGAAGAGCCUUGGACUCAAGGCUUACUAAGACAAAUCUUUGGAAAGCUUUGGACAGAAGAAGACGAUGAGUUUUGACAGUGUUCCCUCCAGGUCAGAGGUGAUGGGGUGGAACGCACGUAGUCUAGCCGACUAUAUGAAUAGGCUGAGGCUGUCCAGCUGUGACAAAGUGGUGAUGAAGACUAGCAUGAACGGAGCACGCUUUCUGAAGAUGAAAGAUAGCGACCUUCAGAAGUUUCCCACCAUUCAUAUUCCGGUCAUCACUGAGAUCUGUAGUGAGAUCAACAGGAGUGAAGAGGAGAGGGGGUUCAAUCAGAGAUCAAGGGAACCUAAGAGACAUCAACAAGAUUUUGUACAAGAGGAAGAUGAAGCCUGGGAUUCAGAAACGUUUGAUAUGAGUGAUAAUGACUAUGAGAACCCUGAUGAGGACGACAGUUAUAUCUGUGCCUUGUCUGACCGCCUGCCACCUGCAGAGGGAGAGGAGGAAGAGGGGAGUGAUGGUGACUAUGAGCCUCCUCCCUCAGCUACAGAGGAGAUCCCCCGCCUCCUCAAUCUCCCUAAGCCCCUAGGGAACAGUGACUAUAUAGAUUCCGUGCGUGGAGGUCUGUCAGGAACUCUUCCUACUGGAAGGAUUCCGAGACCACCCCAGCGCCCUGGUCCUCAGGCUCUGGCCAAGAGCCACAACACACUGGCCAGACCUCCCACAUCCAGACUAGACCCCUCCCCUCAGAGGCCAUUCAAAGCUGCAGGCCCUUCUGUCCCCAUGGUCGACCGAAGCAAGAAGCCUGGACAGCCCGCUCCCACCAAGAAACAACAUCACGCAAACACCAAAACAACUCCUACAAGAGAGUGCAGUCCAUUCAGCUCUCCCCAGCCCGCCAUACUGAAGCCACCUCAACUAAAGGGCCCAAAGCCACCUGACUAUAGGUAUCUGAAGCAUAUCUUCUCUACUAACAGACCCAGCUCCAGUAAACCUCCUUCAAUGGUCCCCAACACAAUGCCAGGCACAGAGAAGGACAUUGAUCCUGAGUGGUAUGGAGGACUGGUGACCAGAGGCCAGGCUGAAGCAUCUCUCAGAUGGGUUAACAAGGAUGGAGCGUUUCUGGUGAGGGACAGUUCCAAGGGUUCUUCUGAGCAGCCCUACACCCUCAUGGUGCUGAACCAAGGCAAGGUCUACAACAUCCAGAUACGUCACCAAGGCAACACAUACCACCUGGGCACCGGCCUCAUGGGUAGCGAGAGUUUCCCAGGAGUGGAGGAGAUAAUAGAACACCACACACACACCCCUCUGCUGCUCAUAGACAUGGAGAAUGGAACUGGAGCACAGAGCCAGUGCUGCCUGCUGCACCCUGCACCACUCUGACCAGAACCAGCAGCACACGAAACACUGUGUGCGUGUGUGUGUGUGUGUGUGUGUGUGUGUGUGUGUGUGUGUGUGUGUGUGUGUGUGUGUGUGUGUGUGUGUGUGUGUGUGUGUG